GUCGUGGUGAAAACAUAACAUACGUUAUCGUGCGCGACUCGCUUGCGUCGACGAACAUCUCCUAAUCCGCAAUAUUCAUGGCCUCAUGAAGCAGCAGCAGCAGCAGCAGCAGCAGCAGCGUCAUCAUUUCCCAACACCCGGGCGCGAUGAAAGAGAGCGACUACUCACCCAGCAGCACCGCCGCCGCCAAGGCAGCCAAGGCAGCUAAUGGGCAGCAACUGGCAUGUCGAGAGUGCCAACGCAAGAAGAUCAAGUGUGACCGGACGCACCCAUUGUGUGGGCAGUGCGAGAAGGCCGGUAUAGCAUGUCACGCUUCCACAAGAAAACCACGCGCCAAACUCGGCAAUCGUGCCGUGGAUGCAGAGCUGCGCAACAGAAUCGCGAAGCUGGAGAAGCUGGUCGAGAGUUUUGCUGACGAGGACGGCAAACUGCCCAUGCCGGAUUACAGCAGUGCGGGCGCCGCCAGCAUCAGUCAGGAGCAACAUGCCUUGUUCGGCACCUCUCCAACAACACAGUUCACACCCACUCGCGCCGCAGAUGCUGCCUCUCCGACGAGUCCGCGAGAAGCGCCCUCGCCAGACACGAGUAGAUACGUUGCCGGGAACUUCUGGUCAUCACUUACUGCGGAGGUCAAGGCUUUAGCGGAUGCGUUUGAAGAAGACAUCCACAGCGAUGAAGAUGUCUGUUCGCCAGAAGCAAUGCAUCCGGCUGGACCUCAUGCUCCUGACUCGACCCACAACUCGGAACGGCAGUACGAGCUGAUAUUUUGUCCACCUGGAGCUCUCUAUGUAAUGCCGGGAGCGACGACGGAACCACCACCCUCUAUUAGCAGGCGGCUCCUCUCUCUUUACCUCCUCUACGUUGAACCCCAAGCGAAGCUCUUCCAUGUCCCCACCCUCACGGCUCUCGUGCACGAUGGCGAAGCCUAUCUUGGUCGCGCGCCGGAUGCUCUGUGCAAUCGUGCUUUGCGCGCGGCAAUCUACUUUGCGGCCGCCAAUGCUAUUACUGACGAAGAAUCCGAGUCCUACUUUGGCAAGGCCCAGUCUCGCCUCGUGGAUGAGUACCGCAAUAUGGUUGAUAUCGCACUCUAUCAAUGCGACCCUCUCAACACGACGGAGAUAGCUACGAUACAGGCAUUGGUAGUCUACGUGUCCUCCAUUCGCAUUGUUGAUCCGAGCCGCAGAGCUUGGUCUAUGGUUGGCCUGCUGGUCCGAAUUGCUCGCGCAACGAGCAUACAUCGGGAAAUCCCUGGAGAGUCUAUAUAUCUCGCAGAGCUUCGCCGCCGAUUGUGGUACAACAUUGUGUUCAUAGAUUCCUACGCAUCGAUCGAUCGCGGCUCGGGUUCUGCAAUACAUCCAGACACCUUCACUCGAAUCCUGCCAAGCGAUGUCAAUGAUGUCGACUUUGGACCGGACAGUGCAUCACUCACGCCACGUCAGAAUCAAAUCACAGACAUGUCGCUUGCUCUCGUGGUGAUGGAGGCCUCUUCGGUGACACUGCAAAUUUCAGCAAUCGAAGAGUCCGGCUCCGGUCAAGGCUGGCAGCAACGUCUCGAGAUUGCAUAUGCGUAUCAGAAGAAAGUCGCCCAACAUUAUCUGCGACAUUGCAAUCUGGCAAUACCCGCGCACCGGAUGAUCGCAGACAUAGGCGCCGCUUCGUGUCACGCACUCAUUCUGCGAGCUGUGCGACCAAUGCAGCAUCACCCCUCGAGCGUGCCCCCUCGAGUAGAUAGUCCCUGGGUGAUGAAUCUUGCCCUGAACAUUCUGCGACAUUCAGAUCAGUUGUGGGUGAGCACAUCUGGACUUUGGCGGAAGAUGCCCUGGGUCCCGUGGCAGGCCCUUGCCGUCACACUCGCGGGUCUAUGCUCGGUCCGGGGCAACGCGUUGGCGGACGAAGCGUGGUCGCUCGUCGAUAAGUGCAUGGCACGCUAUGCACCGGACGUAGCUGACACCAAGGAUGGCAUGCUCUGGAGGCCCUUGGAGAAGCUCCGCAUCAAAGCUGAAGCCUUCAGGGAUGGCUUGGAUUCUCAGACUGUAUCGACAAAGUUACCACUGCCUACAGCCGCCCAGCUCGACUUCUCUGGCAUGUCCAACGCGCAACAGAUGCCCGUGAACAUGACUCUCCCCGAUCUACCGGACACCGCUGUACUCGACUCGAUGUUCGACUUGCCCCCCGACAUUCAAGCUUCACUGCCCAACGACACAUCGUGGCUGGAUUGGGAAGCCGUUUUACAAGAUAUGGACCAAAUGAGAGCAGAAGAUGUACAGUGGAUGUGAGCGACUUUUUUCUUCAUGGCCACCACGACUCUCAUAUUUCCCGAAGUAGCACGAGCUGGCGUUUUGAUUUAUUCAAUCCUCUCUCUCUCUCUCACA